AUGAAAGGAUCAAUUAGACCAUUGCUAAGCAUUCUAAUGCUUGUUGUAUUAGCAACAACCUUAACCUUCCGGAUUUUCAUCUACGGCCGCCGUGUCUUCAAGGUGGCAGCAACCCAACAACCUUCACCAACCCAAACUUUCAACUCUACUUUGCUCAACUUUGCAGCCAUUGAUAUAGGUGAAGAAAAAUCCAAGCUUGAAAUAGACCAAUUAUUAGAAAGGAACUAUGACAAUGAAAGAAGAACUAAAGGUUAUACAACAUGGAGAAGGUUCAAUCACUAUGAUGCCAAUGCCAAAGUCAAAUCCAAAAGGGAUAAUAAAUUGUUGGUAAUGUUCAAAUCCCCAAAAUUUCAUCAUUAUUGGUUAGAUUUUAGAAGGAAUUUACAAGAUUGGGCUAGAAAAAAAGUGUUUCAACCUAAUAUAAUGAUGGAAUUAGUUCAAUUAGUGAAGGUCCCUAUUGAUGGUUAUAAUGGUUUCAUUGGUACAAAUAAGUAUAAAUCUUGUGCUAUUGUGGGAAAUAGUGGGAUUUUAUUGAAUAAAAAGUAUGGGAAUCUGAUUGAUGAUUAUGAGAUUGUGAUUAGAUUGAAUAAUGCUAGAAUUAAAGGGUUUGAAAAACAAGUAGGGACUAAAACAAAUAUAUCAUUUGUUAAUAGCAAUGUAUUGCAUCUUUGUGCUAAGGAUGGUGAAAGUUGUUUUUGUGACCCUUAUGGACGUAAUGUUCCUAUUGUGAUGUACAUUUGCCAACCGGUUCAUUUCGCGGACUAUGUGAUGUGUAACUCGUCUCGUGAGGCGCCGAUGUUGGUUACUGACCCGAGGUUUGAUGUGUUGUGUGCAAGGAUCGUGAAGUAUUAUUCAGUGAAACGAUUUGUUGAAGAGAUGGGGAAGACGUUGGAUGAAUGGGGACCGGUUCAUGACGGUUCGUUGUUUCAUUAUUCCUCUGGAUUUCAAGCUGUUAUGCUUGCUUUAGGGAUUUGUGAUAAAGUUGGUAUGUUUGGGUUUGGGAAAUCGGCUUCUGCUGCGCAUCAUUAUCAUACUAACCAAAAGGCCGAGCUCCGGUUACAUGAUUACAAGGCCGAAUACGAGUUCUAUCAUGAUCUGGUAAAGAAUCCACCUGCGAUACCGUUCGUUUCAGAUAAGUUUAGAUUCCCUCCUGUUGUAAUCUAUCUAUGAUUUUUGGCUUGUUUCGUUGUAUUCAUGUCCCAUCGGUAGUUUCCUGUUAGAUAUUCGAAAAGGAACAUGAAAAACACGAACACUAACACGAUUGUCAAAGAUCUCUGUUUCAUGUUCUGGCUGUUAACAUUAAUGGAAGACAAUUAAUAAUGGUUGCCAUUAACAUUAAUGGGAGACAAUAAAAAAUGACAACCACCAACUUUGGAAAAGUGGCAUGGGAUAAUUUUUUUUUGUCCUUGAGAUAAUGGGCUAUUUAUAGUUUGGUCCUUGAACCUCAACUAUAAAUAGGCCUUCUCAUUUCUCAUUUCAUCAUCUCAACCAAUCUUUCUCUCUUAGUUUUCUCUCUUCUCCUAUUUGAGAAUUCUUAAGGAAUUCUAUUUGUUUGUAAUAUUUUGAAGAUAGUAAAGUUAUCAUCUGGUGUUAGUGCCCGAAGACGUAGGUAUAAUUUACCGAACCUCGUUAAAACUCUUGUGUUCUUUUUGUCCUAUUUUUCUUUCAAUAUUUGAGGGUAUAAUAGUAGUAUUUAAUUGUGCUAUUAAAUUACGUUAGAAGGAAUAUUCUGACUAAGGAAAGACUUGGUAUUUAAGAGAUCCUUGUGAUCCACCUCUCUUCCCUGGGAAUUGAACUUUGUGUGAUUUUUUAGUACAAUAAUUUACACGCUUCCGACCCUAUUGGAACAACACUGGCCCUGUACUAGCAAACAUAGUUUAUCGAUCAAGUUAUCCAUUUGCUUUUUUUC